CCUCUCUCACACCCACAAUCUUCAUCUUGUCGCCAUCAUCGUCUGAUUUUUAGGAAAGCCUCGCCUAAAAAUUUCAGUCGAAGAAAUAAGCGGAAAAAAUCAUUGCUUGACACAUAAAUGAGCCUGAAUGGCAGAGAAGCCUGCGGAGAUAUCUGAAUUGACCAUCAAUGAUGGACACGAUGCACAAGAAAAAGAAAAAUUGGAAGAUAAUAGCUUGUCUCUCGAGAGAAAGGACUCUCUAAAGCAAAAAACAUUGAAGAAGCGAGGCCAUUUGAGAGUUAAGGAAGAUGGCCAGACAACGUACAAAAGGACAUCCAGCUCGGCUAUUAUGGCAGCAAUUCAACUGGGUAUUGGAUAUUCGGUGGGUCGACUGACAGCUAAGCAAGAGAGGGAUAUUCUGAUGCAGGAUUUUAGCUUCGUAGAAAAAGUCUGGUUUCCAUGCGCCGGCUCAAGAGAAACCCCGUCACAUCGAUUCAAUGAUUUCAAAUUCAAGUCAUAUGCGCCAAGCGCUUUCAGAUACUUUAGAGACCUAUUCGGAAUGCAACCUAGCGAUUUUCUGAUGGCCUUGUCGAACGAAGAAUUGAGGGAGCUGGGUAACCCAGGAGCAAGUGGCUCGCUGUUCUUCCUCUCAGCAGACGAUAAUUUCAUCAUCAAGACAGUCCAGCAUAAGGAGGCGACGUUUUUACAGCAGCUACUGCCAGGGUAUUAUAUGAAUCUUCAUCAAAAUCCACGAACCCUGCUACCAAAGUUUUUUGGUUUAUACUGCUACCAGUCGCAAAAUGUCAAUAUUCGCUUGGUUGUCAUGAACAACAUUCUUCCGACCACAUUUCGCUGUCACCAAAUAUAUGACCUAAAGGGAUCGACAUUCAAACGAAAAGCUUCCAAGUCAGAGCUAGCCAAGAAAACCCCGACGAAGAAAGAUUUAGACUUUCGGACAGAUUAUUCAGAGGGAAUCAUAUUAGAGGCAGAAACACACGAUCUUGUUAUGAAAACCAUAAAAAGAGAUUGCAGGGUCCUAGAAAGCUUCAAGAUUAUGGACUAUAGUUUGCUACUGGGUAUUCACAACAUGGACCAGGCUAUGCGUGAAAACGAGAAUCUGUCGCCAUCUAACGAUGCUCAAGAAGAGGAAAACCCUGAGCGAGUGGCAAGACGUGCUGAAUUCGGUGCUGCUCUAGAAGCCAUCCAGAUUGACAAGGUUGAAGGAAGGCCCCUCGGUGGUAUUCCAGCCAAAUCGCCCAAAGGAGACCGACUUAUCCUGUUUCUUGGUAUCAUUGAUAUCCUUCAAAGUUACAGAAUGGCCAAGAAACUAGAGCAUGGAUGGAAGUCUUUGAUUCACGAUGGGGAUUCUGUUUCUGUCCACAAUCCUUCCUUUUACGCAAGGAGAUUUAUCAAUUUCAUGGGGGAGAAAGUCCUCAAAAGAGGAUCACCAGGUGCCCGAGGAAGCACCAAGCGCCGUUCUGUAAAUCGUCAGGCACCAAAUACAGCCUCAUUUGGAAGUUCCAACAGAAACAGAGCUGGUACCAAUGAACCAAUCAGCGAGAGGGCAAAUGCUGAUGCACCAAAGGAAACCAAAACAAAAGCUGUUUCAGUCAAGUUUUCAGAGCCUACAGUGAUUACAGAGCCUGAUGAUCAAAUGGUCCCUCCUCCUUAUGAGGAGCCGAGUCCUGAACACGAAGCUGACAUUGCAGAGGCAUCAACUUCGCAGGAAGAAGAAACUGUGGAGGAGCACACUGUAGCAUUGAUUGUAGACAAAGAUGUUGUAACGUCGCCGGCGAAAAAACCUGAAGAUCCGAUAAUUGAAAAUGAAAGCCCAUCAGUGUUAAAGGCAUUUAGCACGGAAGACAAUCCUCUAGAGGUAUCAACUUUGAGCAAAACUGUUGUGGUAGAAUCAUCGAAUAAUGACGUCACACACUCCCCUGCAAUCGUAACCAGCAGUGAACAAGUGAAUGAUUCGCUCGUGCUCACUGGCAAUACUGUUACCAUAGUAAAAAAAACAAGCACUACAACCUAUGAACAUGUUGUUGCAACCAACGAAAUCGACGAUUCUAGCUCAUCCAGUCAAGAUCCAGGGAUAUUAGCUGCCAACCAUGUUGGUUAUAUGAAACAAGAACUUGUUAACAACGAGUCAACAAGUGUUGUAGAUGCUAGGUCUAUUUCACUAGAAAUUAAGGAAAUGAACGGAAUUGAUUUGAGUAUUCAAAAAGAGACUGAUAGCCCAGAUUCCCAAUUUCAAGAGUCCAAAGUUCAAGAGUCAAAAGUUCAACAGUUCAAAGCUCAAGAGUCAAAACUUCGAGAGUCCAAAGUUCAAGAGUCCAUAGAUGACAUUUUGGAUUCGUCAGUUCAAGAAAUCAAAGGUGAUGAUUCAGAGUCCAAAGUAUCAGAGCCUACAGGCGAUAGUACUCUGUCCAACAACGAACAUUCUGAGGUCAACAAUCAAAUUUUGGAUCCAAAAAUCGAAAAUAGCGAUGUGCAAGAUGUUCUUCAAGUUACAAACCUAGACACUGUCCUUUCUUGUAGUGGGGACAUACCAAGUGUCGAAGUAGAGCCUGCUAAUGGUAGUAACCUUAAUGAUAGCUCUGGUAGUAGUGACGUCAUGGUUACGCUUCUUUGAUGAAUUUAGGCCAAUGUAAAAAGUAGCUUGUUUCGUUUCCACCAUGCAUUAGUAAGGGACAAUGAAUGACGAAGUGCGUGCGAUAGACACAACAAGGCGACCAGAUCAGUUUCAUUUCAAAUGCGAUGCUUUAAGGGUCAAUUAUUAUCGCCUGAAAAGACGAUGAGUUGCUUUGAAAGGCCCAUCCCACUUAGUCCCAUAAUCUCAUAAUCCCAUGUCUAUAACGACAUAAUCCCAUAUCUAAAAUGGUCUCAACCGUAAGGUUUGAGCGAGAGAGGAGCAAGGGGUUAGCAACCACAAUAAGGGGAUGAAAAGUUCUCUGCUAUGUUUUGUUUCCAUUAAAGGAACUUGCUUUUUCGAAACAAUAUAUUGAUUUUCCUCUGGCAUUGGUAGUGGGUAACAUGUCCAACAGAAAAGGGGAUCUAGCUGUUCUCUCGCACUCUCGGCUCACCAGCCCUAAAUACCAUGUUGCAAAGACUUGUUAUUUAUAAGUUCGAACCUAGAUACCUUUGUAGAUGAAUACGUUUUAAUCUCGCCCUGAAACGCCAAUUAAGUUGUGUUAUCGUAAUGUAGAUUAUCGCCAUUUUAAAAAGCUGCUAUUUGCAGUUAUUCGAUCCGGCUCGGUGGACUAUUCUUUGUAGAUCAAAUAUAGUAGACAAAUUGUAUUACGUUUUGUAAAGGUACAUAUCUUAGCGGUUAAGGGUAGCCAUUUUACAGAAAUUAUUUCUGCAAUCUUCGUUGAUAAUGGUCGGUGAUAUCUCUUAUUUGUAUUACCCCGUGUUAAUUUUGAGAAAUGAUGGCCAUAAAUUGACGUAAUUUUUGAGUGUACAAGGAAGAGAUAGUAUUGACACGACAAGACGUACACGAUAAAUUGAAUGUAUAAACUGCGUGUUAAACAAGAACAGGCCCAUCACCAUUCAUAGAAAAUAGAUGCAGAGUAAACGAUGACGAGUCGUCUUUUGCUUUUAAGUACGUGAUAUCCUGAGUAAACGUAAUGCCUAAAGAGAAAAAGCAUAGAUAAGCGUAUUCUUUCUGUCUUAAUUGCGUGUAAAGUACACGAUGUCCACGGUACACGUGGAGUAGAGUAAGUUGAAGACUAGUAGAGCGUGGUUGGUACAGUUCUACGUGAAGUUUUUGUUACACGUAAGAUUGACAUUUAGUUUAAAGUACAUUUCAUGCACAUAAUAGGACGUUUUUGAGCGUGCAAUCUGCACGGAACACGUUUUUAGGUACCGUGUAUCUCCAUGUGAGGUCCAUGUUAUUUCCCAAAUAGGUAGAUAGUUACAGGACACGAUUAAUCCUUACUGAAGCGUGUAAAGAACAUAAUAAGGUACGUUUUCGUGCAUUUUCCACGACAGUUCACUCACCCUGCACGAUAAACCUGUUCAAUUACACGUCAAUUACACACAGGAUAAUUCGGCUAGGCCCUAGUGAACUACAUUUCGUAUUAGAGACGUGAAGAAUACACGCAAACUUUUCACUUCACUGCGAGCAUAGUACACGAUGCUUUUUCAGUUCAUAUCAUGUAUACUAUGUCGUGGCUUUUCCUUUAAGACUGGUGGGCCUUGGUUUCUCCACAACUAAACGGGUGAAAGCUUUUACUUUACGGGCGUUGGCCUUUAGGAGUUCCGCGUUGAGUGCAUGCCAAUUCCACGAUAAAAGUGUAUGCGAAUGGCCAUUCUCUGUACAGCCGUCGCCUUUCGGGAUUUCCACGUUGAGUGCGUGCCAAUUCCACGAUAAAAGUAGCACGUAAACAAACGAACGUAGCCAAAUAACGUUUUAUAGCAAUCCCUAUUUAUGUUGAUUGUAAUUAUAUCUCGGUGGUUAAAUAUUAGGUCUUGAAUAAUACGAUUAUGUUUUAGAAUGUCAAAUUUAUCUUUGAAAACUUGA